GGGACGGGCCAGCGUAAAGCAAGAGCGGAGUUUUUUCUCUGAAGAACACGGUUCACGCGUCUUAUUUCAACAGUUCAAUUGCCUUGGAUUUUUAUUUGUUUGUCUUCCAUUGGAUCAUUGUGCAUUAAAAUUGCAGAAUAGCACUUUGAGGGAUUUGUUUGUUCAAGCAAAAGACAAUGGGAGAAAAAAAGAGAGAAAGAUCUGCAAUGCACUGCACACCAAACUGCAAAGAGAUUGUACGCAUUGCACUAAUUGUGCUACUACUACAACAAUUUAACUCACUCUUAAAUUGCCUCUUGAGUGAUUUUUUAAAGAGAAAGAGGGCCCCCGUAUUCUAUUUUUGAUUAUAAUAUCGGUCCCUGAACCUAUUGCGGUUGCGCCCUUUUUUCGCUUCUUGCUGUUCAAGACGGAAGUCCUCCCUUAAUAAUAAUAAUGUAUUAUUCUGUAUGAUGC